AUGGCCUCAUCUCCCUCUCCAGCGUCGCCUGUUCCUGGCAAUCAAUCAUCCGAGACGCACGCGGGCAUCCCGCAGACCCUCUGGAGCCUGCGCGUGCCCCUCUACAUCACCCGCAAGGCGGCACCCAGCACCCCCUUCAUCACCUCUGUCCCGCGCUUCAGCUACCUGGCGCAGCUCUUACCGAGACUGUCGGCCUUUUUUGGGACCCCCUGCAGCAGUUUCCACCAUGAAGAGGUCCAAAUGCGGAACCUGACCGUCGGCCUGCUCGUCGAUCUUUACCAGCCUGAGCUGCCAUGGAAGCUGCAGGUCGGCGACGGUGACGAAUGGGAUAUUGGGGACACGUUUCUCAACGGCGUCAAGGAGGCAGACUUCGUGCGCAACGGCAACGCGAAGCAGAUCAUGAGCCUCUCAAAGGAGCAUACCACCGCUCUUUGGAACGCCGUCCAAGAUAACGACUACGCCUCCUUCUCUAAGGUCAACUCGCAGCUCCUGAACCCGCCGACACCGCUCAAACACGUCCCAAUUCGCAUCUACAUCCCCUCCUCACCGCCAGGUCCCUCCACCGGCGGGGCCUCGGCGGCGGCGGCGGCGGCAGCGGCACCUGGCAGCUUCAGGGUGAUGCAGUCGCUCGUGCCCCCUCGGUCGGCAAAUCGUAGCCCACAGACCCUAGGCCCCGUCUUGCGUGGCAUGCUGCCGUCGCUUUUCCCCAGCAGCCGAGACCCGGUGCUGGCCAAUGUCGUCCUGCACGGCGCGCCGGUGCCAUUUUCUGCGCCGCUCGAGGAGCUGAUGCGCGAGGCGGCCUAUCCUGACGGGUGGCUUUGUCUGAUCAUCACCCUGUUGUGA